UGACGCACACAACUGACGUAACUAUCACGUGUCAUAUUUCUGUUGCGAUGGCUCCCUGUCUGUAGUGUAGCGUGCAUCAGUAUAAGUUGUAUAGAGGUCAACGUACGUAAAUAUUAAACAAAAAAUAACGGGAACAUUUCGGAAACAUGGUAUUUCUGACUUUAUCUUGUUGGAUUCGUAACCGGGGACCGGAUCGAUAUUGGAAGGUACAAGAACUCCUGAAGAAUGCACGGCACUUUCGAGGAAGGAAGAAUCGGUGCUACAGCCUGGCCGUGAGGGCGGUCCGCAGGGCGUUUGUCUACUCUACCAAGGCACGCAAGGCCAAACGGCAUUGCAUGCGCCAGCUGUGGAUUUCCCGCAUCGCUGCUGCUUCCAGGGAGCAUGGUAUGAAGUAUCCUGCCCUCAUCCUCAACCUAGUGAAGACCAACGUGCAGGUGAACAGACGGAUUCUGAGUGAGCUGGCCAUAACUGAGCCCCGUACCUUCCUGUCCCUCGCUGCGCUGGCCAAGGCACGGCGGGAGGAGGGAUUUCGAGCGGCGCUGGGCGACGGCAAAGAGCCUCCUGGUGUCUAUUCCCGCAUUGUCCAGUCCCACUAAUCCUGUCACCCCCCACUGGUUGAGUGCAGUUACCUUCCUGUCCUCUGUCUGUUGGCCAGGGUGUGAGCCUACCUCAUCCCCCCCCCCCAUGUCUUGAGCUCCUACUGUCACUGUUCACCCUGGUCAGUUACGCACAGCUGAAGUGGAGCUUCAUCUCCACAGCAUGUAACCAGGGGGAGGGAUGAGGAGGUUUGAAUUUGCCUGCCGUCUGCACUGGCUAAUCGGGUGCAUCCAGGCUGUUCUUAAUCAUCCAGUAGUGAACACUGGUAAAUGGGUAGAUUGUCAGAGAAACCUUUUACUUUUUUUUCUUUUCUUUUUUUUUAUUUUUUAAACCUCUUAUGUCUGUACUUUGACAUUGUUCAUGCUUUAUAUAUGAAUACCUGUGUACUGGCUUUCCUUGGAUGAUUCAAGAAUGUUGAAGCCGUCAAUAAAAUAUUUUUUUGUGAUAAAUAAAGA